GGAGCGAGGCGGCGGGUGAGCAAGGCCAGGAGGAGGAGACAGAGGACAGGCUGAAGGAGCACAUGGACAACCUCCUGGACAAGAGCGCCAAGACAAGGCAGGCGGCACUGCAGAGCCUGCGCCUGGCCUUCUCCUCAAAAAUCCUCGCCGAGUUCCUUCUGGAGCGCCGCCUCACGCUCACCGACUCCCUGGAGAAGUGUCUCAAGAAAGGUAAAGGGGAGGAACAGGCGCUGGCAGGCUCUGUCCUCACCCUCCUCUGCCUCCAGAUGGGCUCCAGCCCGGAGGGGGAAGAGGUGUUUCGCAGCCUGAAGCCCCUGCUCUUCAGCAUCCUGACAGACAGCAUGGCCAGCCCCGGCGCCAGGCAGAGCUGUGCCACGGCCUUGGGCAUGUGUUGCUACAUUGCUGCUGCUGACCUUGAGGACCUGGUCUCAUGCCUGUCCUGCUUGGAGAGCGUUUUCAGCCCCCCCAGCACAGAUGAGGGUGCCUCAGCACCCACCCAGCAUGGCCCUCUGCACUGCAGCGCACUCCAGUCAUGGUCCCUGCUCCUUACCAUCUGCCCCCCCUCCCACAUCAAGAGCAUCUUGGACAAUCACUGGCUGAAGCUGCCCCCACUGUUGUCCAGCAGCAGCGUCGCGCUGCGCAUCCUGGCUGGGGAAACUAUCGCACUGGUCUUUGAGCUGGCCCAGGACGUGGAGGAGGACUUGUGCCAUCAAGAUACGGAAUUCCUGUGUGCCCAGCUCAAGGUCCUGGCUACUGAGAGCAACAAGUACCGAGCCAAGAUGGACCGACGGAAGCAGCGCUCCAUAUUCAGGGACAUCCUGCGCUUCAUUGAGAGCGGGGAAUACCAGGAGGAGACCAUCCGAUUUGGCCUGGAGUGCAUGUACCUGGACAGCUGGGCACGCCAGCGGACCUACCAAGCCUUCAAAGAGGUGCUGGGCUCCGGCAUCCGCCACCACCUCCAGAACAACGAGCUGCUACGGGAGAUCUUCGGCCUUGGGCCCCCCUUGGUGCUGGAUGUGGCCGCUCUGAAAGCCAGCAAGAUCUCCCGCUUCGAGAAGCACCUCUACAACUCGGCUGCCUUCAAAGCCCGCACGAAAGCCCGGAGCCGGGUGCGGGACAAGCGGGCAGAUGUGCUGUGA